AUGUCCUAUUUAUUUACCUCUGAAUCCGUUUCUGAAGGCCACCCCGAUAAAAUUGCCGAUCAAAUUUCUGAUGCGCUUAUUGAUCACUUUUUAGCUUUUGAUCCACAGUCGAAAGUGGCAUGUGAAACAUUGGUUACCACCGGCCAGGUGGUACUGGCGGGCGAGGUUAAGUCUAAAGCCUAUGUUGACGUACAGAAAGUGGCCCGCGAGGUAAUUCGCAAAAUUGGUUAUACCAAAAGCGCCUACAUGUUUGACGCGGAUAGCUGUGGCAUUCUAUCGGCUAUUCACGAACAAUCGGCCGACAUUAACCAGGGCGUUGAUCGCGGCAGCAUUUGGGAGCAAGGCGCGGGCGACCAGGGCAUGAUGUUUGGCUACGCCACCAACGAAACCGAAAAUUAUAUGCCCCUGGCUUUGGCCUUAAGCCACUUGCUGUUGCAAGAACUGGCGGAGCUGCGCAGAGAGGGCAAAGAAAUCCCUUACCUGCGGCCGGAUGCCAAGGCACAGGUAACCAUACAGUACAGCGAUGAUCAUCAGCCGGAAAAAAUCAAAACCAUUGUGGUUUCCACCCAACACGAUGAUUUUGACAGCGAGGCCAAGAUGCAGGAGAAAAUUCGCGAAGACCUCAUCAAUAUUUUGAUUCCCCGCGUGAAAAAAC